AACCCGACAGACUUGAUUUUCUCCUGAAACUAGCACCCGGAACUAGCUGCCACUGGACUGAAGCUAGCAGAUGGAUUAACAGGGGAAAAAAGACUUCUUGAAGGAUUCAUAAAAAUAUUAGGUCUGUUUGUUUGAUAUGGAAAGCCAGAAGCAAGUGAUUGAAAGGCUUCGGACUGCGUUCCGGUCAGGCGUAACCACUCCCCUCCAAUUCCGUCUGAAACAGCUGGAGGCUCUGCUCUCUCUGCUUGAGGACAAUGAACCCCAGAUUUUGGAGGCCAUGCACAAAGACCUCGCCAAGCCAAAGUUUGAGGCUGUGCUGUCUGAAGUUGACCUUGUGGUCAACGAUCUUUGCCAUACCAUUAGUAACCUGCACAGCUGGAUGCAGCCCAGCUAUGUGGGGAAGAACCUGGCAACAAAGUUCGAUGACUGUUUCGUUCGCAGGGAGCCAUUAGGGUUGGUUUUGAUAAUCGGCGCCUGGAACUAUCCCCUCCAGCUGAUUGUGGCACCGCUCAUUGGUGCUAUUGCUGCAGGCAACUGUGCCAUUCUGAAGCCGUCAGAGAUCAGUAAAGCAACUGAGCAACUUCUCUCGGCGCUCAUACCCAAAUACUUGUCUCAGGAGUGCUAUGCGGUGAUUUGUGGAGGAGCAGAGGAAACCAAGCUGUUGUUGGAGAACAGAUUUGAUCAUAUCUUCUAUACCGGUUCCCAGGCAGUAGCUCGGAGUAUCCUCCAGGCCGCUGCGGUGUACCUGACUCCAGUCACUCUUGAGCUGGGUGGCAAGUGUCCAUGCCUCAUUUACGGCCGGCUGGACAUCAAGGCUGGCGCGAAGAGGCUGGUGUGGGCCAAGUUCUUCAAUGUAGGUCAAAGCUGUGUGGCCCCAGACUACGUUCUGUGCACGACGGAGAUGCGGGACGCGCUCGUGCCCGCGAUCAGGGAAGCUCUGGAGGAGUUCUACGGGCCUCAAGCUCAGCAGAGCCCGGACUACGGCCGCAUCAUAACAGACAGACACUAUGACAGACUGAUGGAGCUUCUGGGUAAAUCGGAGGGGAAAGUGGUCAUAGGAGGAGAUGGAGCUAAAGAGGACAGGUACAUGGCUCCGACGGUGAUUGUGGAUUUGAAGGAGUCGGACGCUCUGAUGCAGGAGGAAAUUUUCGGCCCCAUUCUCCCCAUCAUCACCAUCGAGUCUCUGGAUCAGGGCAUUAGUUUCAUCAACCAGAGAGAGAAGCCUCUGGCGCUUUACGUCUUCUCUGAUGAGUCUCAAAUUGUCACCACAGUUCUGGAGAGAACCAGCAGUGGAGGGUUCUGCUCUAACGAUGGAAUCGUUCAUAUGACACUUCCUGGUUUGCCUUUUGGAGGAGUGGGUGCCAGCGGGAUGGGCAGUUAUCACGGCCGCUGGACCUUCGAGACGUUCAGCCACAGGCGUGGUUGUAUGCUCCGGGGCUGGGGACUGGAACGCAUCAGCAUGCUACGCUACCCGCCGUACAGCGAGAGGAGGCUGGGCUGGCUACGCUGGGCCACCACAGCCAAAAAGAAGGGCUGGGCAGGAUGUUCUGUGAUGUGAUGGUUUGUUUGUUAAAUCUGUGAUAAAAACUAGGCAUUAUUAUAUCAGGAGCUGACUGGCUCGGAUGGUCGGAGAAGAAAAGCAACCGUAACAAACAAAAUCGUGCAAAAAAAUGCCCUACUUGGCUUAGUUACAGUAUUUUUGGGUAGCAUUGGAAGGAGUUUGAAUGCUUUAAACAACUGUUGUUUGAACUAGGAUAAAAUUAUGUGGAUUUCCUUUUGUUCCUUUCACUUUAUAUACUACUUCUCCAGUAGAGGGCAGACUGGCUGGCCAAAGAUGUACUACAUAGAUACAAUACAGUUCGACAGCUGCACAAGUAACAUGAUUGACAUGUCACGAUUGUCUUUUUCCUGUGAUGUAUUGGUUUACAUCCAUGAAAAUCAAUUGUCCAGACCAGUAUGAACUUAUAUAGUCAUAAAUCAUAAACCUUUUUCUACCAUAUAUUCUAGUGCGUUCUUUAUUUUCUGAAAAAAAUCUACUAUAAAUGUACACAGAAAGUGUGCUGACACCGGAGUGGUCCUCCUUGCUUGAUAUAAAGUACAAUAAUUGAUAUUAUCAAAAUCAACAAAUCAAACAGAAAAGAAUGUUGCACUGAAUGACUGGACAGGACUGAAGUUAUGUGCCGUAGCUGGGCCUCCAAGAUUGGAGUUGGCAUGGAUUUAUAAUCCCAAAAAUCACCUUGGGAUUAUUGCUUUGGAUAAACAAAUUUAAGAGGCACAUUUGUAACACAGUAUUCAAUGUUUUGUAAGUAAUAAUUCAAUGGGAAUGUGUUGUAAACUGUUUUGUUACACAAGGUUUAGCUCCUAAAAUAAAUGUUUGCCUUAUCUUUAAACAUGAAA